AUGGCAUCUGCCGCUGACCUUCCUGUCGCCGUUGAGGGCCUGACUCUCCAGUCUACCGCUGAGACCUCCAAAUUCCCCAACUGCUACCCCUCGUUAAAUCCUGUCGACGCCUACAGAGUGCACAUUGCGGAGAAGCUGGGUGCCGCAGCUGGCAUCGAGCCCGAGAAGCUUUACCCCAAGCUGCAAUGGACCAAUACACUGGACAAGGGUGACUUGGUUCUGCCGGUUCCAUCUUUGCAAAUCAAGAAGAACCCCCAAGAACUGUGCAAGGAGCUUGCAGAGAAGUUCCCCGAGUCCGAUCUAGUUGCGCCUCCUGUACCCUUUGGCGUUCAUCUGCAGUUCUUUUUCAAACCCGAACCUCUCACCAAGACCGUCAUUUCCCGUAUUCUGAAGGAGAAGGCUACAUUCGGUACCAAUGGUAACCAGGGUCUGCGAGACCCCGCGGAUCCUUCCAAGGGAAAGAAGAGAAUCAUUGUCGAGUUCUCGUCACCUAACAUCGCCAAGCCCUUCCAUGCUGGUCACCUUCGGAGUACCAUCAUCGGAGGUUUCCUGGCGAAUCUCUACACCGUUAUGGGUUGGGACGUCAUCAAGAUGAACUACCUUGGUGAUUGGGGAAAGCAAUAUGGUCUCCUUGCCAACGGUUUUAAGCGCUUUGGUAAUGAGGAGGAGCUGCUCAAGAACCCUAUCAACCACUUGUUCGAUGUCUACGUCAAGAUCAACCAGAUUGUUGCCCAGCAGGAGGGUCCUAUCAAGGAGUUGAAGGAGCAGAUCAAGGCCAAGAAGGAGAAGAAUGAGGAUGUGUCUGUGCUCGAAGCUGAGCUUGCCAAGCUCGUUGAUGUUAGCGAGGACGAAAAGGCUCGUCGUUACUUCAAGAGCAUGGAGGAUGGGGACCAGGAAGCUCUCGCCCUCUGGCGACGAUUCCGUGACCUCAGUAUCGAGAAGUACAAGCAGACCUAUGCUCGUCUCAACAUUGACUUUGAUGUCUACUCUGGAGAGUCUCAGAUCAAAAACGAGAGCAUGACCGCCGCCUACGAGGCUAUGGAGAAGGCUGGAGUUUCCGAGAAGUCCGAGGGUGCUGUCAUCGUCGACUUCACCAAGCACGGCGCUAAGAAGCUCGGAAAGGCCAUCAUUGUCCGCAAGGACGGCACUCCUCUGUACCUGACCCGUGAUAUUGGAGCUAUCAUGGAGCGUGAUGAGGCCUACCACUUCGAUAAGAUGAUCUACGUGGUCGCCGCGCAGCAGGAUCUCCACUUGGCUCAACUCUUCAAGAUCACAGAGCUGAUGGGCCGCAAGGAUGUGGCCAGCCGCUGCCAGCACAUCAACUUCGGUAUGGUCCGUGGUAUGAGCACCCGUAAGGGUACUGUCAAGUUCUUGGAUGACAUCCUGAGGGAUGUUGCGGACAAGAUGCACGAAGUCAUGAAGGGCAAUGCCGAGAAGUACGCGCAGGUCGAGAACCCCGAAGAGACGGCGGAUAUUCUGGGUUUGACCUCGGUCAUGGUACAGGACAUGACCGGAAAACGUAUCAACGGUUAUGAUUUCAACCUUGAUGCGAUGACCUCAUUCGAGGGUGACACCGGUCCUUACCUGCAGUACGCGCAUGCCCGUCUCUGCUCCAUUGUCCGCAAGUCGGGCCUGAAUGUUGAAGAGCUGGACUCUGCCAACCUUGACCUUCUGACGGAGCCACACGCCGUCGACCUCGUCCGUCUGCUGGCGACCUGGCCGGAUGUGCUGCUGAACACUACCAAGACGCUUGAGCCAACCACCAUCCUCACCUACCUGUUCCGUAUGACACACAUUCUCAGCUCCAGCUACGACGUGCUCAAGGUCGUGGGAAGCGAGCCCGAACUUAAGAAGGCCCGUAUGGCGCUGUACGAGGCGGCCAGGCAAGUAUUGCACAACGGCAUGAGGGUUCUGGGUCUCAGCCCUGUUGAACGAUAUACCAACGCGGUUCGAAGAAACUUCGAACAGAGGCUUCAGUUCAACACAGUAGAUUGA